UGCUGUAUGACAUUUCCACGAACAAGCCAAAUCACUCUUUGGCAAUAUGGACGACAUUCUCGCUCAAGCGCAAGACAUUUUCGAGGCCCAAAUUGACUUCAAAGGACAAUACCUCGCCGAAAACAUCUACACCAUCUUGCUCUCCAUAACCUCUGCACUCGCGCUUGUGCUCGGCUAUGCUCAACAAGAUAUCUACCUGACACUAUGGGUGGGAUUGGCGGGCACCAUUCUCUCAAUGUUUGUCGUGGUUCCUGCUUGGCCGUUCUUCAAUCAGAAUCCUCAGCCAUGGCUUGGAUCUACGGCGGCGUUACUUUCUAAAGGAGUGAUAGUGGACGGUAGUGCCAAAAUGCGGUGAUGAUUCCAUUGUUCAUUCAGCGGUCUACCUGUGGUAGUUGAUGCAUGGAUCAGAAGCCAUGAUGUGUGUCAUCAAUUCAUUCCCUGAUGGGAUACUUUCGUCUUGGGCCUGCCCUUGUUUGCACGUUUUCUCCC